GAGACUGCGUCUCGGACGCACGCGUGCGUCCUGCGACUAGUCGCGCGACUGACAGUGCAGUGUGUGUGAUAUUGUGUUUGCAUUGGAUUGAGAAAGUAAACGUCAAAGGUUCUGCUAUGAAAUGGGCAUUCGGGCAUUAUGGCAGGGGUUCUGGAUCCUCAUGCUCAUAAACCAGGCUGGAAGCGACUGGCUCAACUGCGCUUACAUCGCGCAGUGCCACUGCAAAUGGUCGUCCGGGAAGAAGACCGCCUCCUGCGUAACCGCCGGCCUCGAAAAAAUACCUCAUCUAGCGGCGGACAUCCAAGUACUAGAUCUACAUGGAAACCCAUUGAAAGUGCUCGGACAAGAUGCAUUUGCGAGCAUAGAAUUGUUAAACUUGCAACGAUUGAAUCUAAGCUCAACGAACCUACGCUCCGUGAGUCCAAACGCUUUCAGAGAGCUCCGUAUUUUAGUCGAACUAGACCUGUCUCAAAACGAAUUGUUGCAAUUGUCACCUGACACGUUCCGGGGAAACGUCCGCUUGAGACUUCUGGUGCUUAACGACAACCCUUUGAGCUCACUAAUUGCGGAGCAGUUUCCGCCGCUGCUACAUUUGAAGAAACUAGAACUUUCCAGAUGCCGCUUGCGUAGUAUACACCAGUUUGCUUUGGUGAAUUUGCGGGCGUUAGAAACUGUGCAUGUGCAUCAAAAUUUACUGACUUAUGUACAAGAAAAUACAUUCAACCUCCCCGUUUUGAAAACAUUGACGCUCUCAGAGAAUCCUUGGUAUUGUGAUUGUAGAUUAAGACGGUUCCAUGAAUGGUUUCUGAACAGUAAUCUUGGGAACGAAGAAGUGAUCUGUAGUGGUCCAGAGAAUGUUUCUCAAGUGUCAUGGCGUUCUAUCAAAGGGGAAGAAAUGGUUUGUCCGCCUAUUGCUGUAUCGAGUCCAAGAGUUAUUAGAACGGAGUCCGGUGCUGACAUACGGUUUGGAUGCUUCAGUCGUGGCGAUCCCGAACCCAUAGUAGCAUGGUACCUGCAAGACACUGAAGUCCAAAACGACACGAUAAAUCAUAGUGAGAUUGUUAUAAAUAGAUAUCAAAGUAAUUAUUUUAAUGAGUUUAGUGACGAUAUCAUAAACAAAAGUGCGCAAUGGAUCAACGUGACCAUAACUAAUGUGACGAGUGAACUUUCUGGUGAGUGGAAAUGUAGUGCAAAAAGUUCGGUAGGGGAAGCCACUGCCUAUCUGACCUUAGUCUUACCUAAAGCGCGCACAGCCACUGCUCGCGUCGCUCCAGACUACUCAACGCUCUUCAUGGUGGCAGGAUCCAUGUUAAGCAUGGUGGCAUUAGGAUUCGUAGCAGCUUGUGUUUGUUGGAACACCAAACGCCAAAGAAUGCCGCCGAGUAGGAGUUUCACUGACCAAGAGAAGAAGCUUCUCGAUACAUCCCUAGCCGUCAGCUGCGACCGAACAAGCGGUGGAGGCUCAUCAUACGGGUUUGAGAUGUUAGAUCGAUCUAUGUCGAUGGAAAGCGAGGACACGCGGUGUUUAGAGCCCGUUCAAAUAACUAUUGAAGGCCCGCCUGGUUCAUUCCCGCCUCCGCCGGCCGAGUUCGCUCUGCCCGCUCCUUAUGGGAACAUCUUUAUAUCCGUGCAAGUCUCGGGUCAUAACGAUGAGUAUCCUGACUUGCUCGGUGGCGGGGCCACGCUGCCUCGAAGAAGCCGCACAUGCUUCUUGAAGUCAGCCUACGACAACAUGGGACCGAGGAUCACGGCUGCCGGCAGCUCCACUUGGUCCCUCCCUGGUGCCAAUGUAGAUAGUAAGGAUACCCCCGCGCCCUUACCCCUUUCGACCUUUUCCACUGAAUUUACCGCUCUAUAAACUAGUUAGUAAGUUUGAACCAUCAUCAUUGUUUAUUUUGCAUAUUUUAUCCGAGAGUUUGUUGUUGAGAUAGUAUUAUACGCCUGUUAUUUAAGUUACUUUGAUAAUUAACACUAUUAACAUAUCACUUUUGUAGAUGUUGUUAAUUUUACUAAUGUUUUUUAACAAGUGUCAUUUUAUUGUAAGUGAAAUAGGACUGACGAGUACAUAGCUAGUAUACGAACGAUACUUUUUUUUAUCCGCGUUAGUUUAAGAACUGUCUAAAGCUACUUUUACUAUACAGUAUUGUAAAUGUAAAGCUACAUCCUAAGCUAUAUUUGUAAGAAUUUUUGAUCGAAAACUGUUGCUUUAAAUCGGAUGAGAGAAUAAAAAAGAUUGAAUUAAAA